AUGGGCAACUGUUUCUCUUCCAACGACCCCAUCUCUCUUGCCGAUCUCGCCGCUCGACCUGAUGGCCCUCCCGAGGUGCAAAUGACAGCGGAUAUGAUUCGCCAGGGUCUCACCAAUGUCGCAAAUACUCUCAAUUCCAAAAAACGAAACAUAUCGAUCAUCGCGGUCGGUGGUGCAGUUAAUACUCUUCUACUCCACACGCGAGAGACGACUGGAGACGUCGAUUUCUUCUAUCGGACAAAAGAAAAGCAUGAAGAUGUCUCGAAAAUCAUUGUCGCUGCAGAUGCUGCAGCUUCCAAACUGGGGCUCGGAGAUCAAUGGUUGAAUAAUCAUACUGCAGUUUUCAUUGAGGUUGGCGUUAUUCAACGCCUCUAUGAUGAAGCAGUCGAACAGAACGAGGUCGUUUUCAAAGCGCCAGGUUUGGUGGUUUAUGCAGCACCAUGGCGGUAUGCUUUGGGUACAAAACUAGACCGUCUCUCAAAGAAAGGUUUCAAACCUUAUGAUAUGAGCGACGCGGUUGGGUACUUGGUGCGACUCAUUCAGAAGCAUGGAGGAAAAGCCGUGAAAAAGUCGGAACUCAAAGCGUGGGCUCAAGAGUUCAAGUUUACGGUGCCGUCCGACCAACUAAUGGCUUCCUUGGGGGCAGAAUAUAAGAAGAAAGCGGGCAAGGAUGGUGUUAUUGAUGGAUAA